GCACGUAUAAUUGUUGUGAAUGCCAUUAUACCUAAGAAGAAGAAGAAGAUUGGCUGUGACGUUGAACGCAUCUCUCCAUUCCAUCCGGGAUAGUUUUCUGGGAUGCGGUUGACGGCUGCGGUAAUGGCUGACUGGGUGGAAGUACUGGAUUAAAUGGUUCUGAUGCUGGCGGGUCUGACAUUGUGAACUCAGACUUGUACAGUAGUUGAAGGACAUAGACACAAGGCCAGUUUGUCUGAGAAUCCUCACGAUGUCUAAGACCAGAGAGUCGGUGAAGGUGGUGGUUCGCUGUCGACCCAUGAAUGAGAAGGAGCGGGCAGCUAACUUUGAGAGGGUGGUGCAGGUGGAUGUGAAGCUGGGCCAGGUGGCCGUGCGAAACCCCCGGGGGGCUGCAGCCCACGAACACCCCAAGGUCUUUACAUUUGACUCUGUGUAUGACUGGAACUCCAAACAGGUGGAUCUCUAUGAUGAAACCUUCAGGCCCCUGGUAGACUCCGUUUUGCUUGGUUUCAAUGGGACCAUAUUUGCAUACGGCCAGACGGGUACAGGAAAGACCUACACUAUGGAGGGGGUGCGCAAUGACCCAGAGAGAAGGGGUGUAAUCCCCAAUUCCUUUGAGCACGUCUUCACACACAUCUCCCGCUCCCAGAACCAGCAGUACCUGGUGAGGGCCUCGUACCUGGAGAUCUACCAGGAGGAGAUCAGGGACCUGCUGUCCAAGGACCAGUCCCGCCGGCUGGAGCUGAAAGAGAGGCCAGACACGGGUGUAUACGUCAAGGACCUGUCCUCCUUCGUCACUAAGAGUGUACGAGAAAUAGAGCACGUGAUGAACGUGGGGAACCAGAACCGCUCGGUGGGCUCCACCAAUAUGAACGAGCACAGCUCCCGAUCACAUGCCAUAUUUCUUAUUACCGUCGAGUGCAGCGAGCUGGGCGUCGACGGAGAGAACCACAUUCGAGUGGGCAAACUGAACCUGGUGGACCUGGCUGGCAGCGAGAGGCAGACCAAGACAGGAGCCCAAGGAGAGCGCCUGAAGGAAGCCACCAAGAUCAACCUGUCGCUGUCAGCCUUGGGGAAUGUCAUCUCUGCCCUGGUGGAUGGCAGGAGCACCCACAUCCCCUACCGCGACUCCAAGCUCACCCGCCUGCUACAGGACUCCCUGGGGGGAAAUGCCCGCACAGUCAUGGUGGCUAACAUCGGACCAGCAUCUUACAACGUGGAGGAGACACUGACCACGUUACGCUACUCAAACCGGGCCAAGAACAUCAAGAACAAGCCCCGCGUCAACGAGGACCCUAAAGAUGCUCUGCUCAGGGAGUUCCAGGAAGAGAUUGCUCGACUCAAAGAACAGUUAGAGAAACGCUCAGGGAAGAAGAAGAAGAAGAGGAGGAGGAAGGGGGUUGGAGAAGCUGGGGAUGAACUCGAAGAGGACACUGAGGAUGGAGAGACGACAGAGGAGGAGGAUGAUGGUGUAGAACCAGCUGAUAAAGUGGGUGCAGAUUAUUGGCGUGUACAGCAGGAGAAGUUGGAGAGGGAGAGGAAGGCCAUCAUGGAGGAUCACAGCCUGGUGGCGGAGGAGAAACAGAGGCUGCUAAAGGAGAAGGAGAGGAAGAUGGACGCCCUCAAAAAGGAGCAGGAGGCAGGCGAGAUGCUGACUGCCAAAGUCAAGGCGAUGGAGAGUAAGCUUCUGAUGGGCGGGAAGAACAUAGUGGACCACACCAAUGAGCAACAAAGGAUCCUGGAACAGAAGAGACAGGAAAUCGCUGAGCAGAAACGCAGAGAGAGGGAGAUGAAACAGCAGGUGGAGAAUCGUGACGAGGAGACCCUGGAGUUGAAGGAGACGUACAGCUCUCUACAACAGGAAGUAGACAUCAAGACCAAGAAGCUGAAAAAGCUGUUUGCGAAGCUGCAGGCAGUGAAAACAGAGAUCCAUGACGUCCAGGAGCUGCACAGUAAGGAGAGACAGGAGCUGGAGCAGACCCAGAACGAGUUGACCAGGGACCUCAAACUCAAGCAUCUCAUCAUUGAGAACUUCAUUCCCACGGAGGAGAAGAAUAAGAUUGUGAACAGGGCGUUCCUCGAUGAGGAGGACGACCACUGGAAGAUGCGUCCCAUCACACGCAUAGAGGAUGACCAGCGGAUGAUGACCAGGCCAGUGUCAGCAGUGGGCUACAGAAGACCCCUGAGUCAGCACGCCCGUAUCUCCAUGGUGAUGAAGGCUGACGUCAGAUACAAGGCUGAGAAUAUCCUGAUGCUGGAGAUGGACCUUCCCGCUCGGACUACUAAGGAGUACGAGGAGCCGGUCAUAGCGCCCAUGGUAGCAGCGGCGUUGGAGGAUGCUCUGCGUGAAGAAGAUGAGAUUCAGGUGGACGCCUCCGGGUUCCACAGCAGCCUUGGACCCACCCAGACCACCAGCACCGGGACCAGAAGGAAACCAACGUCUGGCCGACCUAAAACGGGUAAGAAGACUGUCACCCCCACCUCUCCAUACAGCCCCUCCAGCCCAGGACAUCCUUUAUACCCACAAUCCCGUGGGCUGGUGCCCAAGUGAUCACCCCACACCUUUCUGUUUUGGGACCCAAAGACUGCUUUUUGUUUUGUUUUGCUGCUGAGUCUUGCAGACUGAUUUGCAGAGAAAGUAAAGGACACUCAGAUUCAAGCUCAUUUUAUUUUACCUGAGAACGUAGCUGUUUAUGUUUGUGUUUUUUUUUUAAAGAGAUUUGUUACAAUCUUACCAUCCCAAAUGGUUUCUGGACCAAUACUUUUCUGAGCUGUACGUUUCCUCCUGGGCCCCUCCCAGGUCUGCAGUAUGAUGGGAUGUGGACAUGGGGGGCUGACAUCUGAUGAGGCACAUGACAGCUGUUACAUGUCAUUGACAUGCUGUGUGUUUGUGUGCUGCAUGUCUGUUCAGAAGUGGUUGUGCUUCCUACUUUAGGUUUACAAUGGAAUGCUGUUAUCCAGGAGGUCUGUCUGAGCUUCGUCUGUUGCCCUAGAUAAGUGUCUGUACUGUCUGUACUGCAUGGUGAAGUGUACAGGCCGGAGGGUGAAGCACACUACAACACAUCUCCGUCACGCGGUGGGGACCGGUUGCUGCUGGAAUCACUAGAUGCUGUUCUUUCUGGCGCACAUGAUGGAUGGCGCGACGACGGGGGGAGGGCGGCGCGACGACGGGGGGGAUAGUGGGGAACUAGAGGUCAACACAAACCAAAUCUAUCAGGGUUCCAAGGUGCCUUUAUAUUCUCCUACAGGGACAGGCUAAAGGAGAGGAUGGAGGGGUUGUAUCGUUUCCCCAGCCUCGUCUUUAUGUUCCUUGGAAUCAACCGAUUUCUUGUACUUGAGAGAGAUUGGAGGGGUUGAAUGGAGUUGAAGGUUGGGACUAAUAACUAAUGUAAAACUUGUCCGUAAGACAUUUUAUAGGUUAACAAGAGCAGGCUGAAAUACUGUACAACAAAAAACAGCUCUUCUACCUAUUAUACUACUAUAUCAGUCUCCAUCAAAUAGACUUGGUGUGGAAAAUGAAGGUAGCUUUCCGUGUAUGUUUUGGAUAAAUAUGCAGUCUUAUUCCACACGGUUGAAACGCACGGUGUGACUACUGCACGGUGUGACUACUGUCCCCACCUCCUGUCACUGUGAGGGCUGAGCCGCACCUCCUAUCACUGUGAGGGCUGUGCCGCACCUCCUGUCACUGUGAGGGCUGUGCCGCACCUCCUGUCACUGUGAGGGCUGUGCCGCACCUCCUGUCACUGUGAGGGCUGUGCCGCACCUCCUGUCACUGUGAGGGCUGUGCCGCACCUCCUGGCACUGUGAGGGCUGUGCUGCACCUCCUGUCACUGUGAGGGCUGUGCUGCCGCUUGCUGCUGCUACUACUGGGUUCUACUACCCCGUGACAUAGUAUAUACAAAUAUAUAUAUAUAUAGAGAGCAACAUGUCCAUAGAUAAUCCUGCGGCACCUUUUCAGUUGUAGAAAUUAUACAAGUAAAUAGGUCUCAAUAUUUGGAGAAGUUAACUUAUUACCACUUUUCAUUUUUAUAGACACGUGUAGAUUAAAGUUUUAUUUUUGGAUUUGUAUAAUUUCAAUUUUAUGUACACAUUGUUUCAUUGUUUUAUACUUUUUGUUUUAAUCUGACACGUUUAAUAAAUGGCUCUAGUUCAAAUCUUUAGGUUAACUUUAAAAUGUAAAUUAAGGUUGGCUCAACUGCAAUGUUUUAUAUGCUCUCUGUUAAUGUGAUGUUCACUCAGAUUGUGUGUGUGAAAGAAUAUGUUGGGACAUGUGUACACAGAGUAUAGCAAAUAUUAGGAAGACUUCUCGGGUUGCAGCCAUCCCCCCCUUUCCCUCAGAACAGCCUCAAUUCGUCGGGGCAUGAACUCUGAGGUGUUGAAAGCGUUCCACAGGGAUGCUGGCCCAUGUUGACUCCAAUGCUUCCCACAGUUGUGUCAAGUUGCCUGGAUGUCCUUUGGGUGGUGGACCAUUCUUGAUACACAUGAGAAACUUGUGAAACCCAGCAGCGUUGCAGUUCUUGAUACAAAGCGGUGUGCCUGACACAUACCAUAUACCCUGUUCAAAGGCACUUGUCUUUCCCAUUCACACACCAUCCAUGUCUCCUCCCCUUCAUCUACACUGAUUGAAGUGGAUUUAACAACAUAGCGUUCAGCUGGUCAGUCUCAUGGAAAGACGUGUUCCUAAUGGUUUUGUACACUGUGUACAUUUGCCAUGAGUCUUUAUACAAUGGUUAGCCCCUGAUUUAAAUUACUUCUCUGAUCUUAUGAAAGCUAAACAAUUACACUACAUAUUGCAUGAUUUUAGAAAAUUGUCACCAAGCCCUAGAAUUUGGUAAAUGUGAAUGUUCAAUUUGCUUGAUAAUCCCUAAAUUUUUACCGCACCACACCAAGACUCCAUGUAUCUGUGUAGAAGACGUUUGACCGAGAUCAAUCUCUGAUAUUGUUUUAGCCAAGUUAAGAGUGUGCUGGUGCUGUCUGGGAAAUGCAGAAGUCCUCUUUUUCCUUGUACAUUUCUUUUUAUUAAAGACUUAAUUACAAAUUG